AUGACGAAAUUCAAUCAAAACAGCACCAGCAGUAACGCAUCCGUGCUGGACGACUUGUUCAGCAGCAUCAACGCCAGCGCCCCUUCCAGUGCCGCUGGCGCCAGUGCGCCAUUCAUGUAUUUCUCGUCCACCGGCUCGGCCACCAAGAAUGUUACGCCUACAGCCGCUGCUGCCACCGCUUCAAGCGUGCUGAAUGACCUUUUCUCAGGCCCAGAUGUGGCGUCAUCUGAAAGGAGCGACAAAUACGGCAGCGCGGGUGAGACGCACGCCAUGAUUUACGUGGACGGCAACAGCGGUCGGGUAGAGGAUGGUGUUAACAAUCUGUUUGACCUUUCGAGGCCAGUGAAGAAAGACAAGUACAACAAUGCGGAGAGUCUCCUUGAGGCCUUUGAACGGCAAGGCAAGAAGAGCGGCAGUGGCGGCGGCCGCCCUGACGAGCGCGAAACACUCGCCAACCUGACGCGCAACAAGGAUGACAAUAAAGUCCGAGCUCGCUUACUGCCGCUCAUGAAUUACUACGACGUCCUCGGCGUCGCCCCAACGGCGUCUGAGGAGGAGAUCAAGCGCAGCUACAAGAAGAAAGCGCUGCAGCUGCACCCUGACCGCGCCGGUCGCGAUCAGACGCAGGAGGAGGCAGAACUGUUCAAGGUAAUCACCAAAGCCAAUGAGGUACUUACAGACGCGGAGCAGCGCCGCAUGUACGACGCAAGUCUUGCCAGUGGUGCUGUGCAGCCAGCUAUGGCCCCGUCGGCAGCAGACUGGUGGAGUCACAUGCAGAGCUGA